AUGUGCCAAGGGUCAUCAUCAGGUUCUGUGGGUUCUGGCUCAACAGUGAUACUGGAAUCUACAAAGACUCUGAGAAGACAGCUGAUUGAAGGGCCCCUGGAUGGCAACGUUGCAAAAGAUAAUGUUAGAGCUGUUCUGUGUUCAAAGCCCGGUGGAAAAGAAAUACUAGAAGAGUACAAGAAAACAAACACCAUCACUGAUGUUACAAGAAGAAAGAUGGUCAACAUUCUUGUGGCAGAUAUGGUAGAGAACCAUGGGAGGGUGCCUCCGGUAAAUGUGCGGAACCUCUAUGCACUUGGGAUUACAACACUGUUCCCAAAAUUGAGUGACCCAGAUUCCAAGAAUGGCUAUGAACAUUUUUAUGAUCAUCAGAGCGGUUCCGGCUACCUAGCGUGGAGGCUGAAAACUGUUCAGCGGACCUCUGCUCAACACCACAAGAAAUCCAAGACAACUUUCCAAGAGGGCCCCAAGACUCCACGCAGUAUCCAUUCAGAUGAGAAGCAGUUGACCGGGGAUGAAUGCAGGGAAGCCAUAUCAGCGAUGAAACACUCAAGAGAUACAAUCCUUGUCAAAAAUAAGAUGAAGGCUACAUUCCAGCGCAGACAAAGAAUCAUUCAAAACCCAGAAAGUGCCUCUACUGUCCUGGAUCUCUUUCCCAGAUUCUUGGAUACACCUGGCUUGAUCGACCAAGACUUCUCAAUGAUCUUUGGUGAGGAGGUGUCUGGUAAAUUCCUCUCCAAGUGGCCAACCUUUUUCAAACCGAGAGUCAUCGCAGACUGCUGCAAGAACCUAACUCCGAGUCCACAUGUUGAUGAGCUGCUUCUGUCUGCACAACAAGAGUCUGAUGAUAGUGUCUGGCAUUCUGAGGAGUGGGAUUCUGAGAUGGCUGCCAUAUCCUUCUUCGGCUUCACCUCCUGCCUCCAACAGUUAAAGGUGGGAUCAAGUAUGGAGACCUUCCAUAUAGAAACUGGCCCCAGACAGCCCUUUCUGCUCGGUGUCGGAGAAAGAAGCAACUGCAUCCAGGACUUCUACAUCAUCCUGGACCAGAAGGCCAUUCCCUGCAGGAUGCAGACCCCAGUUGCUGCCUUUGAUGAGCUCUUCAAGGCGCAUUAUGCUUUUGCAACAUGA